GACUGUACUGAUUGUUACAGAUUUGUACUAGACUGUACUGAUGGUUACAGAUUUGUACUAGACUGUACUGAUGGGAUUGUCUCUUUGUUUGGAGAUUUUUAUCAAUUAUAGAACAGACUUUGAUUUGCUUAGACUACCUCUCUGACAUAGGUUCUAGGUGGUCCAUCACAGUUCCUGAUACUAAUAUAUCAUUAAAAAGAGAGAGAGAGAGAGAGAGACAGACAAACAGAGACAGACAGAGACAGACAGAGAGAGGAGAGAGAGAGUGAGAGAGAGAGAAGAAAAAGAAGAAAUUAAAGGUAGAGUUUUAAUGCCAACCUUCUCUGUUAAUAAGGACUUUAUGCAGAACUUUACAGUAGGCUGCCCAUGUGUUUUAUGAGAUUUCCCAGGUUGGGCUGUCAUCAGUAAAUAUUCUUAAUGUAUCCACAUAAAAGAAACCCUGGUGGGGUGUUGAUUUACUGACUGGCAUGAAGUUAGCGGUUACAUUGUGGAUCCUCACAGAUCCUGAUGACCUGCAGUAAAGUGCACUGCUCUCUGAUAGAAAUAAAUAAAACGUCAACUGCAAUGCAUGUUUGAUAUAGGUGCUCAACGGUGACAAUUAGUUUUUUAUUUUCAAAGGAACCAUGUUUGAAUUUUAAUUCGAAGUGAGGGAAGUGCAGCGACUAUCAAGAUUUUAUAAAUUAAUCAGAAGAAUUGAAAUGAAGAAUGUAGAAUCAGAAUGGAAAUUUUUUGAUGAAUGAUGAUCUAAAUUGUAAGAAAAGAAUGUCAUAGUAAGGCUGACCUAUUGACCUUUGUCGGGUCCAUUCAUUUCGUGCAUGACUAGCUGUACAGUGUGUUGACAUGAUGACAUGAGGUGAAUACCCAGUGAUGUGGAACAAUGAACACAUACAUCUCAUUCACCUCGUGCUCUCUCUCUCCCUGCUCACGUGCUACCGGUCAACAAAUUUAUCAGGACUAGCAUCUUUGAGAGAUUCCUGCAUUAGUAUUUGAACCAUUUAGACAUCAUAGACAGACAUAUUGUUUGAAUUAACAUUCAGUGAGUUUCCUUGCAUGCUGCAAGAUUUCAGCAAGAAAAUGAAUCUUAGGCUGUAACAGAGAGGCUGUCCAGCAUGUUCGCAGUACGAAUCGUCACAACAGACCACUACCAGGGCCCCCCCAUCCCCGGCCUAGAUGUCCAGUAUGCCGAUUUUAGGGCCUCAGUCGUGAAGAAAGUCCCGGUCAUCCGAGUGUUUGGCUCCACUCCACAAGGUCAGAAGGCAUGCAUGCAUGUGCAUGGGGUGUUUCCGUACUUGUAUGUGCUGUAUGAUGGAACCCAGCCCUGGGACAGAUACUUACGUCUUUUUGCCAACAGUCUGGAUAAAGCCAUCAACGUAGCCCAGGGCAAUGCCUCCGCGGAGACGCAGCACGUGUACAAAAUCAACAUGGUCUCCGGAAUACCGAUGUAUGGGUUUUAUGAAAGAGAACAGCAAUUUCUGAAAAUCUACUUCUACAAUCCCAACAUCAUCCGAAGAGCUGCUGAUUUAUUGUUGGGGGGAGCUGUGUUAAACAAAGGAUUUCAGCCCCACGAGUCUCACAUACCUUACACCCUACAGAUGUUCAUUGACUACAACUUGUAUGGGAUGAACAUGUUGAAUGUGGCAGCUGUCAAGUUCAGGAGGAAAGCCCAGGAUGAGAAUGCUAACCCCAAUGACCCAGAGUCGCUCCAUCGGUCUGACCCGACCACCCCUACUUCUCCAGAUGGAUCGCUCCAGGACUGGCUCAAUAACGCAUCUCUGUCCCCGAGUCAGCCUCUCUGGAACUCAGACACCAUCUCCAGGGACAUGUACCUGGGGUCAGACGUUCUCCGACAGAGCACGUGUGAACUGGAAGUAGAUGUGGUGGCUGCGGACAUCCUCAAUCGACAGGAAGUAGAUGCUAAUGUUGGAAACAAUCCUGGUCUGGCCGCGCUGUGGGAGGAUGAGCGACAGAGGAAGAGGAAUGUGGGUCAAUCCUCCCAGAUCACCCCGCCCGCCUCCCAGGAGCGGGUUUCCGUGGAGAUAAGUGACAGUGAUCAAGCACUCUCAGACCGCUUCAGGGAAAUAGUCCUCAGUCAGCUCCCUUACCUAGACAGCCAAUCGGAUUCCAUAUCUGAAUCAUCCCAAGAGGACAUAAUUCCUUCCCAGGCAGCAUCUAGUGUGGAUUUACACUCAACACAAAACGAAGACGUGGAGGACGUGGAGGCCUCACAGAGCACUGUGAUCCUGGAGGAGGAGGAAGAAGAAGACAGGGCGGCCAUUGUGAACAUGGACUCCAUCCACAGAGUAGUCUCCAUGAGUCAGCACUUCUCAGCGACGCCUCUAUCCCAGCAAUCAGAUGAGCCCCAGGACCGGUCUCUGGCGGCACUGCUGGCUUCACUGGCCGACGACAGCUCUCCCCCUGCAACCCAGGCCGCUGCCGGUGAAGUCACCACGCUAGAGGAGAAGGACAGCAUCCUCCUGGACGCCGCUGUUGUCCCCGACGAUGAGACCACAGAAAAAGACGAGGCAGAAACUCUAGAAAUGUCACAGGUCGUUUGGGAAGAUGGAAGUCAGGACAGUGGGGAAGGCAGAGAGAGGAAGUGUGAGGAGUUUGACCUGGAGGGUCUGGAUACCACCUGGAAUGACUCGCAGGCGGUGCCAGUCAGUGAUGAGGAGGGGGACACGAUUCCUCAGUUUGAUGGCGCCAACGACGAGAAACCGCAGCCAGCCAAGAAGAGCAAGAAGAAGCGCCUGGGUACCACGGGACCGGUGGUGUCGGGGUUUGACAAGACUCCUCCCUCAGUGGGUCUGAUCUCACAGAGUGGUCCAUUCAGUCCAGAGUUCAGUAACCCACCCCAGGGGCUGUAUGGACCCAACAGUAACCAGUACCCCAGUGGAAACCAGUAUGACUUCCAAGGUCAGGGCUAUGGCAUGGAGUUUGGGACGUACUCUUACAGUCAGUGGAACCCCCAGGGAAGUUACGGUGGAGAUCUCCAACAAGGAUUUGGAAUGCAGACCUGGGGCCAGCAGACUCCCUGGAACUCCUCUAAUCCAAGCAUGCAGCAGCAGUGUCCUCCAGAAGGUCAAGGUCUUCCUUCACCUCAAGGUCAGCUACAGCCAAGGUUACAGGGCUCACACAGAAAUCUUCCACAGUCACAGAACAUGUCGAAUUCUCCACGCAGUCAGCACUCACCCCAGGGAUUACAGUCUCCACAGGGUUUAACGUCUCCACACGGUUUAACGUCUCCACACAGCUUAUCUUCACCGCAGGGCUUACCAUCACCACAUGGGAACACCCAGGGCAAUACACAGUCACAAAAUACAAGUGUCAACUCCCCGGUUCCUUUAAAUAUCGGAGCUCCUAUGUCCACCUUCAGCAGUCUGACAAGGGUUCAAGGUCAUGGUCAGAAUCAGGGACAGGGGUAUCCCCCCUCAGUAAUGGAGAGCAGGGACUCCUUCAGUGCUCUGAUGAACGAUGAAACUUUAUCCAAUAAUCUGUGGAAUUUCUCAGAAUUUGGUGGAAUUAGUGAUUCGGAUGGAAUGCUCUCUCAGGGGGAGAGCAGUAUGACUGGACAGAUUGGAACAGUGGAAAAAGCAAUGGAACAGAUGUACUACCCACAGAACCAGCCAAACUUCCUGUCUCAGGGCAGCCAUAGCAUGACCUCCUCUCAAGGUCAUCUCACUCAGUUUUCCUCGGGUCAGCCAGGGAUGACAUCAACCCCAGUGGGGGGUUCUCAGAACAGCCAGGAGAGCAAGACUCAACAGGGUGUGAAUUCUAACUGCUCACAAAUUUUUCCAAGACUGGCUAUUCAACCAAGCAGCCAAACUUUCUCCAAUUCUCAGAGUGGUACCUCUCAGGGUCAUUACCCAGAAUUCAGCAGUUAUUCUCAGCCGGAAGGAUUUUCUCAGCACAACUAUUCAAACACUUUCUCAUCUUCAUAUUCAAAGUAUUCUUCGCAGACUAGUCCAAAGAACAGUACACUUUCUGUAAAUGAAUGUGGUUUAACCUCCACUCCAUUAGAUACCAGCCAGGACAGUGCGAUGUCCAACAGGAAUUAUAGUGGUCAAGAAGCUUUAAGCAGUAAAAGUCGACUAAGUGCUGAACCCAGGGACUUUAACACCCAGCAGUAUCACAUGCCUAGUGGGGGGAAUUUCAGUGGAGACUCUGAUGGAAGUCAGCAGAACUCCAGUUUUUCUAGUCAUGCCUCCUCCCAAUUUUCUAAUUCCCAGCCUCUCUAUCAAUCCGGAUCCCUAUCUCACGUCUCGGACUCACAGAGAAGUGAUAAUGCCAGCUCCUCUUUCUCCCCUCACUCUCACUCAUACAAGGGACCUCAGCCCAGCGGCCAGUGUUAUAACUCACAACCAAACCUCUCCACCCCUCACUGGGGGCCACACAUGUCUACUAUCAAUGACAACCCCACCACCACUGUCAAGAAAAGGAGCUCCAAAAAGAAAGAGAAUGGUGGUACAACGACAGCCACAACCAAGAAGAAAGCCACCCCCAAAAAGUCCACAAAAAAAUCUAGUAAUGAGGGUCCAAAACCUCCAUUGGACUCCCCCAAUCAGUCUUCCCUGGGCAGCAUAUUACAGGCGUCCUCUCUGGGCAGUGUGUUAAAGAAGUCCAACUCCUUCCAACCACGAGGGGUACCCUACAGUGGAGGGAAUUUACUGGAAAAGCUACUGCUGGCAAAUGAGGAGGAGGGCGGCAAACUCAGGAAACCUGAACCGUCUGUUCCUCCCUGUAAAUCGCUGUCAUCCCCAGGGUCCUUACUCCACACAUCGACAGAUUCCACCUCACCUAAGAGUGGAUCAAGCAGUUCGUCACAGCCUUUCUCUGAUAAAUCUGAAAGUUCAAGGGGUCCUACAACAAACAUCAAUUUUUCUUAUCAGAAUUCAUCAGGACCUUAUCAAACCAAUCUUGGACCUAAAAAACCUUCAGGACCUCAUCAGACACCAUCAGGACUGAAUCAGAAUUCACCGGGACCUCCACAGACAUUACAAGGACCUCAUGAACCAUCAGGGCCUCAUCUAACAUCAUCAGGACCUAAUCAGAACACAUUAAGGACUUACCAACACCCACUAGGACCUCUCCAGACACCAGUAAGUCUUCCAGGAUCUCGCCAACCAUCAGGUUAUCACCAGAAAUCAACAGGACCUAAAGUAUUACUGCCUGGACCUCAUAUUUCACCAUCAGGAUCUCAUCAGUCAUCAGGGGGACCUCAAGGGAUACCACCGGUACCUUAUGAAGGGCUAUCAUCUUCAUCUUAUGAUAACAAGCCUUGUUAUCUUUCUCCAUUCCGUGAGAACACACCAGACAAAGACCGGCAGCCUCAGACCACGGCAUCUCAUUCUGUGGGCUCCUUGUUUAGUUUACAAAACUUGGUGUCAAACGUUUCACAGAAGACCAAAUUCGGCCAGAGUGUCAGACAGAUCGCCACAGAUGGGAAGCCUUACUCCUGCUCCGAGUCUGAGCUAAGGAGCUACAUUCAGAAGAACUUGGGACCAGUAGAGGCCUCGGAUUCUGUGGAUGAACUUGGUAAGAGUGUGGAUUGUGAAGUUCCUAUACGUAAACCCACCAAUGUCUCAGAACUCAUAAGGAGUAAAGUAGAAUUGGAAUCUCGCAAAAAGCGAUCAACUUCAGCAUCCGAAACGCCCAACCAAGGGAGGAGACACUCCGUUCCUAGUGUGAGUGAAAAUCGACCAAUGAACAGCGGCCAGACUAAUCCAGGCAGCAUCAGCCAUCCCUCCUACCCCAGUACAGCAGACGGUGCAGUGUCCAGUAACUGUAGCAGGGGCUCUGUAACAAGUGUAGAUAGUUUUAUUCGAGACAAACUUUCAUCCGAUUCAAGUCAGCCUGGACAUCAGGCCCUUCCAAAUUCAGUUUGUCGAGAAAGAAAUAAGUCUUUCUCUAGUAGCUCGAGUGGGGUGUCCGCAUCCAGCAAUGAAAUUGUAUCAAGAGAAAGAACUAUGUCAACCUCUAGUGUAAAUAACAAUCGCACAGAGUUCUCGCGCUCACUGAAACAGAAAUCUGUGAACCGCCCAUCCAUCGUUCGGUCAUUCAGUACCCCAAAUCCUCAGAAAAUCAUUCAGCCAGUGAAGAGGAAGCGAGGGAGGCCCCGCAAGACUGAAGUUACUCCUGUGGCGGUUCAACCAACCAAGUAUACUUACCGCUUCACCGUCCCUGCACCAGCUCACAAACACCUCCAAUUCAUCGAGCUGAGUCACCAGUCGCCCAGAAAGAGGGUCCAGUAUGUACAAAUGCAUCCUAUGGACGCCAGGAGAUACAGUCUGUUGAAAAUUGGAAGAGAGGUGGUCAGACUGAAGAAGCUCUCGGUGAAACAGCUAGGUAAGCUGGGACGUUCGGAUAGCCCACAGGAGGCUGAACCAUGUGUACGAGAUAACCCACAGCAGGCUGAACCGUGUGUACGAGAUAACCCACAGCAGGCUGAACCGUGUGUACGAGAUAACCCACAGCAGGCUGAACUGUGUGCUGAAUCAUGUGUACAAGCCGUCAAAAGAGGAAACACCAUGCCCUUUGUCAGUGAAAAGAAGGCUUACCCAAGUUACGAAGAACUACGAGAGGAAGUGGCCAAGUCCAAAGGAGCCACGAAAUUGGUGGCAGAGAGUGAGAAGCCUUUUGCUGAGCUAUGGUGUGUAGAAGACAAGACGAGUGGACCACAACAGAUUGAAAAGAUCACCCUGGCCUCCAUUAUUGACAAAGCCUUCAGCUCCAUGGAUACUGAUGAGGACUGUGUUGGAGAUGGGCGGAGACUUGGUGAAGACUCAGUGAGUAACAGGAAGGCUCAAAACCAGCGAGCUUCUGAUGACAAGGGCUUACAGAGCAGAAAGGAGGACAGGCUUAAUCUGCUUGAACCGACGUCCAAGUAUCAGGGCCAGUUCUAUAAGUAUCUCCAGAGAAAUAGUGAUGCACCUAACCCAAUGGAUAAUAGAACAAUGGAACAACUUGGAUAUUCCACCAAGAUGGCCUGUAGUAAAGCCGUCCAACAUAAAAAGAAGCCGAAUCCACACAAAAAACUCCCUCUUGUGGUUGACCCCAAUGGCGAAGAUUUACCUGACCCUGUGUUACAAGACGUCAGUUUGAUGAAGGCCUCGAGGGGAAGCAGUAUUCCCGUACAGUCACAGACGCCAGUCACCGGCAGAAGUCCCUUCAUGCAUCAGUCCGUCCCUGAUCCAUGCCAACUAUUAAAUUCUGACGUGUUGGACCCAAGAAUUAAAAGCAGUUCUAAAGACUAUGAACACUCAAUACAUGAGCAAGAGGAGACUGACACUCAGGGCGGGUCAAAAAUGAAUGAGAGUAUUGAGAAGGACAAAGGUCGAGACAAAGGUUGGGAGCUAGAGUCUGUAACACAAAGGAGAGAGGAUGUUGGUUUAAUGGAGUCACAGUCAUCAUUGGAUUCACAGCCAAGUUCAGCAUCCAAAUCAGAUAGCAGUCAAAUGGACCAGGAUAUCUCUGACCAGAUACCAACACUAACCAAGGAAAUAGAAUGCCGGACAGAUCUUCUUGAUGAUAUUGGGCGCAAUUCAUCGACAGCAAAAUCAUCAGAAAAUUUGUCCCUGAUAAAGUCCAACCUAUCAUGUCCCAAACUCAGUGUGUCUGAUUUCACUGAGACAAAACAACCGCAAUCAUCAAAGAGUGUUCUCAAUUUGUCUGGGAAUCAGAAUACUCCCACAAUACCUCAAAACAGCGAGAAAUGUGUGGAGUCCCUGGGGGAAUCUGAAAGUGGCCCCCCGAGUAAUACAGGCUCAGAUCUGGAAAACAUGCUCCCAUUGUCUGAAAACAAGAGUGAGCCAGAAACACAGAGCAGGAACACUUGUGUGUUUGAAGGUCAUAAAUUUGAAGGUCACAUGACCAGGUCAAGGUCCUCUAGUGAGAGUAACAGUAGAUGGCAAACUAAUGAAGAUGGAGUGAAGAAAAAUCACAGUGAGACGGACGUGGAGAAAACAAGGAAAUCUGUCCGCAUCAGCCGAGAAAGUCGGAAAAGGAAACGAGAGAUACCAGGUGUGGAUUAUUUUGUAACGGGGAAGUUCAAGGGUCAUAAACGAAUGACAGUUCAGCUAAACAAGUUAAAUAUUUCAAAUGGAACUGUUGUCAAACUGUCUCAAGUUUUCUCGCUUAAUUCACUGUAUCAGAAAAAUGGGUCAAAUCACAAAACCGUUCAGGCACCAGAAAUGGCCGCACAUGAACCGUUUUGUGACAAUAUCUUUGAAAAAUUUAAAUCCUUUCAAGACUCAAAAUUUUUCGGAAAUAUCGUCUCUGAUGAUUCAUCCAAAGAUUCCACUUAUUUUCAGCCACGAAAAAGUCGCUUGUCGCUGUUAAAAAGAGGCCGUCCAAAUGAUGAAGUGAUAGAGAUCAGCAGCUCCGAGGAUGAGGGCCGAGGGAAAAAGGUGACAACAGCGACAGAAAAGGAAUGGGGUAUGAACGAUUCUGUGAUUUGUGUAGAGGAAGAUGAAUAUGAUGAUGAAAUGGAAGAUGAAAAAGAAAGUGAUGAAAACAGUUUAAGUAAAACAGUAAAGCCUUCUCAGAAAUUCAUUAAGAAAAAGAAAAAGACAAAUAAGUGUAGAAAAAUCCACACUGCAUUUAAUGGAGCCAGUUACAGGACACGGAAACGGCGAACUCGAUCCUGCUCAGGGAAAUUAAUGACGAGUCUGUCUGUUCUACAUCAAGCUACCCUGGCCAAUCUCAUAGACUCGCCUCUUUCUUACUGUGAGUCCACCGACGAUUACAGGACCAAGUAUGAUGAUGCUCUGUUUUCAAUGUCCCUUUAUUCACCCCCACCCCCCGAUGAGUUGGAGAAAUCUCCACCCAGAGCACAAAGCCCUACAGAUCUGAAGGACAUUGCUGGGUCCCCAGAGAUAACCAAUGUAUUCAGCGAUCUUUGUAAGGCCAUGAUGUCUGAUGACGAGAGCCGAUCACCAGUUUACUCACCAGUCAAGACAAAGAGGUCUGUGUUAGUGAGACUCAACGAAUCCCCAUUAAAAAUACCACUUGGUGAUAGUUUUGAGGAACCUGAGAUUGGUAGUGAAAAAAUACAGAAGGGCAGAGUCAGUGUUUUAAACAUUCAUGAUGUAAAGAGACAGGGAAAUGAUGACAAAGUCAAGGAAAGUUCUGGAUAUAACAAUGUUGGAUCUGGACAUCAUCUUGACCGAUCCAUGGAACCUGUUCUGGAUGAGCCUCUGAGAGAUGAGGAACAUGGUGCUCAUUCCUCCGACACUGACAGGGAUAACCACCGCACUGAACAAAACACAGGACCAAGGCUUGGACCAUUACAUAUCAAACGUAAAGCCAUAGUGAGGCUACGACCUCUGACUGAUCGAGAAAUACAGAGCUACUGCUUGAAUCCCGCUGGGGCAGGGAAGGAAAACAUCCCCGUUGUGAGUGAAAGGGAGAGUGUCUCCCCUCCCGAUCUGGGACCGCCCAUCAUUCCAAAGUUUGGUAAAGAUCUGAAACAGGAACUAGAGUGUCCACCUCGGCUGAUUAGGAGCGACUCUUAUAUUGACUUGUAUGAAGAUGAAGCCCCUGGUUGUUUAGAUCCAGGUUCUGCCAGGGAGCAGGACUUAGUGACAUCAAAUGAUAAGUUCAGUGAAGUGUAUCAUGCCAAGAAAUUAGCACAGAAAGACCACUCAAGGAAAGUGAAAGGAAGUAAGGAGGAGAGCGUGCCAAACUCUGGGAGUAGUGAAACCUCACCGGGAGGUCUGUCCCCUACAAAGCUAGGGGCGGGCAAUAAAACCGAGGGUGGUCAUCAGGAGAAGACAACUCUGCCCCGGAGAAGGCGACCGUCCCAGCAGGGGGGUGGAGGAGAGAGGAUUCCCCAUUCUCUCACUCCAACAAAGAGGCAGGUCCUCAAACCCAAACAUCCCCCACCAAGCCGCCUAAGGGUGGAGGGGACGGCCAAACAGUAUGGGCUUCAGUGUGUGGUCAACCAGGACGCAUUCUGUAGCAACGCCAAUGAUGUGCCGGAGAAACCCAGGGAGGUGGGAGGUCGAGUUCUGACUUUACAGAAUAAUAGGGUGACCAGUUUCUUGGAGUACCUGAGCACUGUGACGGGGGAGGGGCUAGCCGCCUUCAGACAGAUCUUGGCGGCCACAGACCGGAUCCUCCCCUCUCAGACAGACAACCAGACUGUGAUGGACUCCAUCACCAGGGACCACAACCUCAGGUGCUCACUGCUUGGUGACCGGCGAGUUACCAUGGUACCCUGUAAACUACCCCCAUCUCAGGCCAAGGUCAGACUCUGGCUGGAAAAGAAAGAGCUCUACAGGAAACAAAGACGGAAAGAGAAGGCCCAGAAACAGCAGCAAUGCAACCCACAGGAGAACCAGCAAAGCAACUCACAGAAGAACCAGUUUACCAAAAUUGUUCCACUAAUCCAUUACUCACAGAUUAAGGACAAAGACACUGUAAGAACGCCAAAAACUAAACUAAUUACAAAAGAAGUCAGUUUUAAUGAAACAGCAGAAAUAUUCAACAUGGAAGAUGAGGUUUCCCCAGGGGAAAAGAAUGGUGGGUCUUGUGACAAGGAGGGAACAGAGUUAUCUAUGGAGGAAAAAUCUGGGUCAGGGAUGUCAUCACAGGAGUCUGGGGAUGAUAUCAUUGGCCCUUCCCCUCCCCAGCAGACUUGCUGCUCCUUCAGGAGAGAGGAGGAAGAGGUGAUUAGCCCCUCCCCUCCCCAACUCACUCAUCACUCAUUCAGGAGGGACACAGCAAACAUUAUAAGCCCCUCCCCUUCCAAACUAACGAUGCCGUCAGUCAGAAGAAAUUCCCAACAAUCAGGGAAAUCCCUCACUUCCAAAUCAAGGUUAAGUCAGUUGUCAUCUGAAGAAAAGAAACAGUCAUGUGAUGCUGUAAGAAGGAAUUUGAUUGGUUCGGUACAUAGUACGCCUGUGUCUUCACGUGAUCAGAGAUCUCUGCUAGAAACGAUCAACGUGACCCCAAUAUCACACAGUACAGACAAUGACCCGGAAAACCCCAGGAAGAGGCUCGAGACCCCGGGAGUUUUCCUUACCCCAAGGAGAGUCCCUCUUCCCAGUAAAGAGUCGGUUGAGAAGGGGGAUCCCAGGCGAUCGCUGAUGUCCUCGGCAGACAUGAGGGAAAUGGCGACGCCCACCAAUUCCAAGGGGAACCAGUCACAGAUUGAUGGACCAACCCCCAAAAAUUCCUUUGGAUUCAAAGUCAGUCAACAUGACUUCCAGAAGGCAAAGGCAUUACAUGAGGUACAGAACUUGACAGUGAUGAGCCUGGAGCUCCAUGCCGAGACACGCCGUGACCUGAUGCCUGACCCCGAGGUCGAUCCUAUACUGGCCGUGUUCUACAACAUCCUCAAUGAUGUCACUACAGACGCCCAACAGCGGGACAUCACAGGCGUGAUUCUAGUCGACAAAAAAUCAAAGGAGAUCCAGAGUGCAAUAAAAAAUCGUAAAAAGUCCACGCAGCCUGACCCGCCCUCUCCACAACCCUCCACAUCACGUGACACUGGGUCGGAGGUCAAGCCGUCCCCCCAGCCGUCCACGUCCCGACCUCUCAGUCCACAGCCCUCCACAUCCCGGGCUCCGACCCAGAGAGGCAAGAGGCCCCGGUCAGUGAGCCCCAUCCCUAGCCCUGGGGCUAAAGUUCCCCGGGGAGAGGCUGAACACACCUUGUUACAAAAGUCAGGGGUGGACGACCUAGACGUGGUGUAUGUAGAAAAUGAAGAGGAGCUGUUCAUGGAGGUCCUCAAGUUAUUCUCCAGAUGGGACCCCGACAUUCUGGUUGGGUUUGAGAUUCAGAAGUUUUCCUGGGGGUACUUAUUACAGAGAGCCUCCCAGCUGAGUGUCAACCUGUGUGCUCAGAUGUCCCGCAUCCCAGAUGAGAAGAAGAAGAGCAGCUUUAAGGCGGAGAGUGAUGAGUGGGGGUCUGACCACUCCUCGGAGAUCCACAUCGCCGGGCGGGUCAUCCUUAACCUCUGGAGGAUCAUUAGACAUGAGGUGACAUUAAACAUUUACACAUUUGAGAACGUGGCUCAUCAUGUGAUACACCAGAGAGUGCCUCACUUCAGUCUUCAGACCCUGAACUCCUGGUUCAAACACAGAACACACCUUUACAGAUGGCGCUUCAUUAAGUACUACCUAACUCGUGUACAGGGGAAUCUAAAAGUCAUUGACCAGCUGGAUUUGAUAGGGAGGACCAGUGAGUUUGCUCGAGUGUUUGGGAUUGAGUUUUAUCACGUUCUGUCCACAGGCUCUCAGUAUCGAGUGGAGUCCAUGAUGCUUAGGUUAGCCAAACCAAUGAACUUCAUCCCCGCCUCCCCAAGCGUUCAGCAGCGAGCCCGUAUGAGGGCCCCCGAGUGUAUUGCCCUGACCCUGGAGCCUGAGUCACGGUUUUACGCGGACCCGGUGGUGGUGGUAGAUUUCCAAUCCCUUUACCCCUCCAUCAUGAUUGCACACAACUACUGCUUCUCCACCUGUGUGGGGCGACUAGACCUCCUAGAGAAAGCCCAUGAGGGUCCUAUUGAGUUUGGAUGUGCACAUCUCCGUAUUUCUCCAAAGACUCUAAACAGGAUCAAGAACGAUGUUACGGUGUCCCCAAAUGGAGUUGUGUUUGUGAAGGAACACGUCAGGAAGGGGAUCAUCUCAAAAAUGGUAGAGGAGAUACUGAACACGAGAAUCAUGGUGAAGAAAUCGAUGAAGGAGCAUAAAAAUGACAAAGGGCUGCACCGUCUGCUAGACGCGCGACAACUCGGACUCAAACUGAUUGCGAACGUCACGUACGGAUACACCGCUGCCAGUUUCUCCGGGCGGAUGCCCUGUGUAGAGGUUGCUGACAGCAUUGUAAGAAAAGCAAGAGAGACCCUAGAACGAGCCAUCAAACUAGUAGAAGAGCGACCGGAGUGGGGGGCCAGGGUCGUGUACGGGGACACGGACAGUAUGUUCAUUGAGAUGAAGGGUCGCAGUAAAGAGGAGGCAUUCAGGAUCGGACACGAGAUCUGUGAUGCUGUGACGGCCAUGAACCCGCAACCAAUCAAACUUAAGUUUGAGAAGGUUUACUAUCCCUGUGUGCUACAAACAAAGAAGCGAUACGUUGGGUAUAGCUACGAGACCCUGGACCAGAAGGAACCAGUUUUUGACGCCAAAGGAAUCGAGACAGUCCGGCGAGACUCCUGUGCUGCAGUAUCCAAGAUCCUGGAGCGAUCUAUCAAGAUCCUGUUUGGUUGUAAGGACGUUUCCAAAGUAAAGGAGUACGUGUUAAGACAAUGUCGCAAGUUCAUGGAGGGCAAGGUUUCCAUGCAGGACUGUGUGUUUGCCAAGGAAUACCGCGGAAUGAAGGGCUACAAACCAGGGGCCUGUGUCCCGGCCCUGGAGAUAGCAAAGAAGCUGCUCCGACACGACCGACGUUCCGAGCCCAGGACGGGGGAACGAGUCCCGUACGUGAUCAUCUACGGCAGUCCGGGUCUGCCACUCAUACAGUUGGUGAGACAGCCGGGGGAGGUCCUGUCUGACCCCGCACUCAGGCUCAACGCCACAUACUACAUUACCAAGCAAAUCCUGCCACCGCUUGACCGAGUCUUCUCUCUGCUCGGGGUCGACGUCUUCUCAUGGUACAACGACAUGCCCAAGGUGGUCAGGGUUGUCCCACAGUCUUUGAUGGCCCCUGACCAGCGGAAAGGAACUAUAUCUCAAUACUUCUCAGCCACUAACUGUCCAGUAUGUGAUAAACAGACCAAUCAGCCGAUCUGUAACAGCUGUGUCAAGGACCCACAGCAUGUUUGUGUCACUCUCUGUGAUAGGAUCAGGAGAUGGGAGAAGGUUUAUCAUGACCUGGUGCAGGUGUGUAACACCUGUAUGGGGGUCAAGGAUGAGAGUCAGCCAUGCGUGUCUUUGGACUGUCCAAUCAUGUUCCGCCGUGUCCUCGCUAAACAGGACGUACAGAAAGGGACACAACUCCGGGAGGUGGUCAACAAAGUCUUAGAUUUCUGAUUCUUUUGGAAUAUAACUGGUAGUGUUGAAUUCAGGAAUGUUAUGUGGACAGUUUCAGGAACUUUAUGGUGUUUUUUACAGAGGAGACACCUGCUCAUUAAAUCCCUCUUUGUCUUAAUGAAAAUAGUGAAAUUACUGAAGCAGAACAAGAAACAGCUUCAAGGAAAUGUCUACCCCACAGUUUGCACAGUCAAGGCUUCUGUUUGCUGUGUAAUGAGAAGACAAUGUUUAUCAAUGAAACUAAACUACCUUUACUAUCAGUAUUGUGAGAACUAUGUUCUGCAAGUUUAUAAGAACACAGGGUUAAUACAAAACUGUGAUAUUGGGCUCAACUUAACAAUUUAUAUAUGCUGUCAUGGACAUGAUAUACAAUGUAAGCUUACAAAUUGAGAAGAAACUGUUUAUUCUAUCGGCUUGGUGACAGAGAGACAUGAAGAUCGACUGCUUAGGCUGCUUUAUGUGUGCUUCCAUAAGCUGAGAGAAACUCAGCACUUUGACAAGCUAGAUCAAAGAGAGAAAACUUAAUUCGACUGUUUUUAGGAGUUGGACAGAGCAUUACUUGACUAAUUUUUUACAAAACAUUUCCUCAUUCGUUCAUCAUCUUCAUCACAUGAUGUAAACAUGACAGGUUCAUGUAUCCUAGUUGCUCAAGCUCUGGCUCUUUAUUGUUGCCAUAGUUUUUUGACUGUCAUGGUUUUGUAUUGUUGUCAUGGUUUUGGUCUCCAUGGCGUUUAUCUGUGAUAAUUACUGCAGCUAUAUUGGACUUGAAUUUUAUAGACAUUGUAGGUGCUUUAUUUUGUAGAAUAAUUGGAGAUGUAAAGAUGAGAUGUGGGUUCCAUUUUCCUUGUACUUUGUUUAUGAUAUCAUUUGUCCAUGUUUUAUAUCUGAUAUUACUUAUCCCCUCAAGAUCUCACACUGAGUGACUGUGUGUACAUACACAUUGAGUGACUGUGUGUACAUACACAUUGGGUGACUGUGUGUACAUACACAUUGAGUGACUGUGUACAUACACACUGAGUGACUAUGUGUACAUACACAUUGAGUGACUGUGUGUACAUACACAUUGAGUGACUGUGUGUACAUACACAUUGAGUGACUGUGUGUACAUACACAUUGAGUGAUUGUAUGUACAGACUACAAUGGAAUCUGUACUUUGUGUUACAUUGUCCAUUGAAGAGUGUUUUAUUGACCCGUUACUGUUGUAAGGUCCAUGGCUUGUUCUGUUUCUUCUUUCAUAUGUUUAUCUUCUGUUAAUGCUUACUUGUUGUAGUGCUUGAUGAUGAGAGUUCACUCAAUGUUGUGAUAAAAAUGAGUUACCUCCCUUGUUGGAACUCUUCAGCAAUUUAUAUGUAUAUACAUUUUUCCUGAAAUGUAAAAAAUAUAAACACAUGAAAAAAGUUAGAAUUAUCAUACGAAAUAUCCUGCCUGCAUAGUAAGAACAAAACAAAUUUUAACCACAUCCAUAAUUGUUUUUGUUGACUCAAUUUAGAUUAUCUGAAAAAAAAUCAAAAGGCUUAAGGAGUUUUACAUUUGGCACUGCUAUAGGAAACAGGAUAUUAACUUCUCCUAUAGAGGAGUUCCUACAAGGGAUAUUAUUUGUUAUAAAUUUUUUUUACCAAAUUUAGUGCAUGUAUGAUAUUUGUUAAAUCGUUAUAACAUGUAUAGGUGGUGUAGAUGCUUCUAGGGUUUGAUUAUUGACAGAAUAUUCUCUGAUCAUGUGGUAAAUCUGAUGUUGGUACAAGUGAUUAGGAAUGUUUAUGUAUGUAAAGCUGUGGUGAAAUGUGAGCAAAGUGAAAGUUCAUAUGAAUAUUUAUAUUUCUUAUAUCAUGUGAUGAAUCUGUUCAUAUAGAUAUUUUGUGUGUGUGUGUGUGUGUGUGUGAGAGAGAGAGAGAGAGAGAGAGAGAGAGAGAGAGAGAGAGAAGAGAGAGAGAGGUUGCUCAAUUGUUGUAGUGCAGUGAGUACUUAGUAAGUGGACAGUAGCUUUUUAUAUUUGGUUUACUAAAUGUUGGAAGAGUUGUGUUGUCUGUGUAAAGAAACACUACAUCACUGCCAAUAAAUAUAGCAUACAAACUGUC